AUGGAUACAGAGGAACCAAAAAAGACAUUAGAGGAAAAGAGAAGAGAAGCUAGAAAGAAAAGAAUUCAAGGUAAUGUUUCAGAUCGUUUAAGUUAUAUUUCAAGUCAUACUGAAUCAUUAAAGAAUGCCGAGCCAACACCAGAACCAACACCAUCAGAUAAUGUAGCAAAUGGUAGCAAUCAACCACCCAAUUUAUUUGAUUUAUUAAAUGGAUCAAAUCAAACUCCUCAACCAAAAUUAAAUGAUCCAAUAACAUUCACAUUCUUAAGAUGGAGUGGCGUUUUAUUUUUUUCAGUUAUUUUCCUUUGCAUCGCAUUUUUAUCAUGCUCACCACAAAUAUUAGAACAAGUUAAUAACAGCAUAGAAAACUAUAACAUCGACUCUAAACCAAUUAAUCACAUACAAAAUUUUAUGCAUCAAUACCAAUGGUUUAUUAAAUCUAUAGUAAAUGCAUUACUCCAAAAUCAAGCAACAGCAAACGAAAGAGGUUCAGGUGGAGGUUUCAUUGGAACUGCCCAAUCAAUACGUCAAACCAUCUACACAUAUGGCUGUUUAUUAGCAGUUUGGUUAGUUUGGGAAUUUUUAUUAGUUUUUAAAUCAAGACAGAAUAGCAUCGCUCUUAAACAAAAGACUUUUCUUUCAAUUGCCCGUUCAGACGCUUUAUUAAUCGCUUUCUUUUACACCACAUUAUUGGAUUUAACUCUUCGUUUUAAAAACGAAAUAUUUUCAUUCGAAGAAUUAAUCUACAUUAGAGAUAAUUAUGUUUUUAGUACAAUCUAUUAUCCAAUCGUAAUCGCUUUAAUUGGUCAAUUUAUUAUUAAUAGUUUAUUAAAAAUUAAUAUUGUUCAAAUGAAUCCAAUGAUUAAUAAAGUCGCUCAAGGUUUAGCUCAUUUCAUUUUGGCAUUAUUCAUUGUAUUAACCUGUAUCGAUUGGUGGGAAUGUACAUCAUGUUAUUGUAAAUCAUUUGGAUUAUUAUAUAUUAUUUCAUCAAAAUCUAGAGGUUUAUUUUUAUGGGCCCAUAUUUGUAUAAAUUUCGCUUCAAGAAUUUUACCAUUUUAA